GCGACUUCGUAUGAACCUUCCCCAUUUGGCCUGACUCCUCCGUCUCACGCCUGGUUCGUUAAGCACGACGCUUCCCACCUGAGUCUGGGACAGGCUUUGAUGCAUUCAUUUCCAUGGAGUCGUCCACAUAACCCUUGGAUCCCCAGUCCAUUGCUCGACCACGGCGCUCGCAAUGCCCGAAGUAACAAUCAACUCUGCAGUGUCCAAAGACGACCUUUUCAUCCCGCUCAUCGACUUUUCCCGCUUCCUCUCCUCCGACCCGACAUCUAAACAACAAACUGCUAAGGCCGUUCUCGAAGGCUUCCAGAAUGCGGGCUUUAUCUACCUCCAAAACCACGGCAUUCCACCCUCGACCGUUGCGACAGUUUUUGUGCACUCGGCAAAGUUUUUUGCACGUCCACAACACCAAAAAGACGCACUCGCAUGGUACUCGCCCGAAGCGAAUCGCGGCUAUACCGCCCAAGGCCGCGAGAAAGUCACGGAUCUGGAGAAAGCGGGCGACGUUGAGGACUUGCGCAAGUUAAUCCCGGAUUUGAAGGAGAGCUUGGAGAUUGGAAGGGACGAUGAGCCCGGCUUGCCGAACAUGUGGCCACCUGUUGAAGGGGAUGGUGAGGCGAGGGGUUUUCAGGAAGUUAUGCUGCGGUUCCAUGGCAUAUGCAAGAAGCUACACAUGCAGAUCAUGAGGGCGAUUGCACUAGGCAUGGGCAUCGAAGAGACGUGGUUUGAUGGCUUUACGGAUAAGGGAGACAAUACGUUAAGGUUGUUGCAUUAUCCUGGGGUGGAUAAAAAGGUAUUUAAGAGGGAGGAUGGAUUGUUGCAGGUUCGGGCGGGGGAGCAUAGCGAUUAUGGUUCAAUUACUCUCCUCUUUCAAGACUCUCGCGGUGGCCUCCAGGUCCGCUCCCCAAAGGGCACAUUCGUCGACGCAACACCCAUCCCCGACACCAUCGUCAUCAACGCCGGCGAUUUGCUCGCACGCUGGUCAAACGACACCAUCAAAUCGACUAAACACCGGGUCGUCGAGCCGCUACCCAAGCCUGAGGAUGAGGGCGCUGACUCGUAUCUUCCUAGGUACUCGAUAGCGUAUUUUUGUAACCCGAAUUUCGAUCGCAUGAUUGAGGCGAUCCCAGGGACGUUUGAGGAAAAGGGGAAGAAGUAUGAAGCGAUUCGGAGCGGGGAGUAUUUGGUGCGGAGGCUGGCGGCCACUUAUUGAGACAUUGUAACAGCACAACAAAUGGCAACCACAACGUUCAAGUUUGUAGUAGAAACGAGGAUCAUGAAUGUAGAAUAUGCACUGGGCCCGAACGACUAUUCUAGAUCUAGUUCAUACUAGCGCCAUUCCACAUAUUGUAACAGCUUUAUCUCAGCUAGCACAGCCG